GUUGUUUGUAAUCAAGUACCUCGUAGAUCUGUGUUGUUUGUUAUGACGUAUUAGCUGCGUAUCAGUGAUUGUUGUGAUCAUUGGGAGCUGACAGUGGUGGGGUAUUGAGCUGAAGGCCAAUGAAAUAGUGAUGGGCCGUGAUGGAUUGCAUGCCACAACGUAAGAGAUCACUGAUGUAUAUUAAAUCAUCACUGGCAUCAUUAAAUCCAUAUGAUCUCCACAAGAAGCUCAUCAAUGAAUAUUUGUUGAGCCGCAAGGGCAGCACAUCACUCUUAAGAAGAGACAGGUCUCGAGAUAAAUGUGACAGUGAUGUUAUCCGGGAGAAUCAUCGGUUUCUGUGGGAUGAUGAUGAUAUUCCAGAUUCCUGGGAAGCCCAAUUAGCUAAGAAAUAUUAUGACAAAUUAUUCAAAGAAUAUUGUAUUUGUGACCUUAGCAGAUACAAGGAAAACAAGGUGGCUAUGCGAUGGCGUACAGAACAAGAAGUUGUUGUAGGGAAAGGCCAGUUUAGCUGUGGAGAAAAACACUGCUCAUCUAAGGAGGACUUACAUACAUGGGAAGUGAACUUUGGUUACGUUGAAAAUGGUGAAAAGAAGAAUGCACUAGUUAAAGCAAGACUUUGUACCAAGUGUUCAGAAAAAUUGAAUUACAAACAUAAAAGGCGUGAAAUUACACGUAAGAAAAAAAGAAGACUUAAAGGUCUUCCUGAAAUCGAACCUCAUAAAAAAUUGCGAAAGGAUGAGGAUGAUGAUACGGACUUGAACCAGGAAUUAAAUCCAGAAAUAAAAGAAGAGGAUGAAAGUGCAUUGUGGAGAGAGGCUCAUCAGGGAACAGAAGAGAAAACUAGAGAUCAAGAGUUUGAAGAAUAUUUAGAGGAUUUAUUCAUGUAAUAUAAGCAUGUGAGUGGCACAGCCCUCACAGUGUUUUGUAUGUGAUAUAUCAUGUAUGAAUGUUGCAAUGUUUUCUUGUUAUGUGAAUAAAAUAUGCUAAAUAUGUCAA